AUGAAUCACCUACUGCUUGCGUUUACGGUGUUUGCACUUGGCGUUGCAUCGGAUUUGCCCAGCAAACCUCAUUCCGAAUACGGCGUUCCAUUGGCUUAUCUGAAGAAACUGUCAACUAACCACGAGAUACCUAAAGAAAUUCUCCCAAUAGAUGACAAAAAAUUAAGUUUACCUCCACGUGAUUCCUAUGGGGUUCCUAAAGUUCAUGAUGAAUAUGGAGUUCCACAUGUACAGGAAGUUAAACCUGUAGAAAUCAAUUACGAUUACCAUAUUCCUCAUUUGAAACCGGUUGCAAUUCCCGCAGCUGACUAUGGAAUUCCUUUUAUGCCUCAUGAUGAAUAUGGCGUGCCACAGGUGCCUCAUGGUGAAUAUGGAAUUCCACAUGUUCCGGAGAUUAAACCUGUAGUGAUCAAUUAUGAUUAUGUUAUUCCUCAUGUGGAGCCAGUUGUAAUUCCGACGGCUGAAUAUGGAGUUCCAUACAAACCACAUGAUGAAUAUGGGAUUCCUGAAGUCCCUCAUGUUGAAUACGGCGUUCCACAUGUGCAAGAAGUUAAGCCAGUGGUGACUGAAUACGAUUAUACCAUUCCCUAUGUGGAGCCGGUUGUAGUUCCAGUAGCUGAAUAUGGAGUUCCUGCAGAACCAAAUGGCGAAUAUGGAGUUCCUCAAGUGCCCCAUGCUGAAGACGGAGUUCCACAUGUUCCAGAACAUAAGCCCGUAGUGAUCAAUUACGAUUAUACUAUUCCCCAUGUGGAGCCGGUUGUAGUUCCAGCAGCUGAAUAUGGAGUUCCAGUUAAGUCACAUGGCGAAUAUGGUGUUCCUCAAGUUCCUCAUGCUGAAUACGGUGUUCCAGAUGUUCCCGAACAUAAGCCUGUAGUUAUCAAUUACGAUUAUACUAUUCCCCAUGUGGAGCCGRUUGWAGUUCCAGCRGCUGAAUAUAGAGUUCCAGCUAAACCRCAUGKCRAAUAUGAAGUUCCYCAAGURCCUCAUACUGAAUACGGCGUUCCACAUGUUCCAGAAGAUAAGCCCGUAGUGAUCAAUUACGAUUAUACUAUUCCCCAUGUGGAGCCGGUUGAAGUUCCAGCAGCUGAAUAUGGAGUUCCAGCUAAACGACAUGACGAAUAUGGAGUUCCUCAAGUGCCUCAUGCUGAAUACGGCGUUCCACGUGUUCCAGAACAUAAGCCCGUAGUGAUCAAUUACGAUUAUACUCUUCCCCAUGUGGAACCGGUUGAAGUUCCAGCAGCUGAAUAUGGAGUUCCAGCUAAACCACAUGGCGAAUAUGAAGUUCCUCAAGUGCCUCAUAACGAAUACGGUGUUCCUCAUACCCAAGACGUUAAACCUGCGCUGACUGACUACGAUUAUACGAUUCCGCUUGUACAGCAAAUUUCGGAGCCUGAAAAUAACCAGGGAUAUAUCAACAUUGUUCCAGGCAUUCAAGCUCCUCGUCUUCCCACAAGAGUAGUUGUGCCUCAUGCUGUUUAUGGCGUACCAACCCACUAA